AUGAAGAAUAAUAAUCUUAAUACCUCAGUAACAUCUACAACAACAACAAAUCAAGAUGGAUAUAAGGCUCAAACAUCACAUGUAGCAUCAAGUAGGCUUCCAACAUUAGAUGAUUUUGAACCACAACCUCCGAUACAAGUUGAAAUGGAUAAUAAUUGUUGUAUUGAUUAUCCUGAAUCUCAACAACAACAAAAUAAUAAUUUAAUGAAAAAUACAAAUAAUAAUCAAUCAUUUAAUAAGGAAAUACAACAUCAACAACAUCACUCAACAACAUUAGAUACACUUUCAAAAGUAUUAACACCUAGAGUUAAAAAUAUACAUAAAUAUGAAGAUGGAGAUGGAGAUGAUUUAGAAUCACAAAAUGAUCAUGCAGAUUGUUUACAAAUAAGAACAGGUGUAAGAAUAUCUGAAAUUAUAACAUCAAUUGGAUGGUUAAUAUAUGCACAAACAAAUCCAUCCACUUCUAUUUCUUAUAUUGAACAAGUACCUUUAAAUUAUCCUGCUGUAACAAUAUGUAAUUGGAAUGCAGAAUAUUAUUGUGAUUAUUGUAAUUUAACAUUAAAAACAUGUACAAUGGUGAAUGAUACAGAUGGUACAAUAUAUGAAUGUCCAUUUAAAUUAAGUGAAACAGUAAUUGAACAAAAUGGACAAGUAUUUCAAUGUUAUGUAUUUAAUAAUGAUACAAGUAAACCAUUAGCAGUUAAAACAACAGGAUAUGGUGGUAGUAUUUCAAUGUAUUUUACAUUACCACCUGUAAAAUCUGAUAGAGAUUCAAGAUUUGGAUUACAAGCAUCAUUUCAUGAAAUUGGUUCAAUUCCACUAGUUUUUGCUGAAACUAAUUUUGCAAUACCAUACGUUGAUAAUUUCUUUACUUUAACUAAAAUUGAAACUAAUAGAUUAAAAUCAACUGAAGAAUAUCCAUUACAUUCAAUACAUUGGGAUUCACGUAUUUCAAAUGUACAAUUAACUUUUAAAGAAGAUUCAAUUGUUGUUGUUUCAUUUGCUUAUUCUACUUUAAAUAUUCAUCAAGUUAGUGAAAUUGCAGGUAAAACAAUGUUACAAUUAUUAGGAGAUUUAGCUGGAAUGUUAGGUGUUUUAUUAGGUAUUGAUAUUUUAAAAGCAUUGAGAGGUUUAUUAGAAAUACCACAAGUUAUUCAACAAAAAUCAUUUAGACCUAUUUAUGAAUUAUUUAAUUGA